AUGAAAGGUAUAAUUCUUUUAAUAAGCGAGCCUCCCAAUAAUAGAAGGAUCGUCUUCAAAUACACUCAACUUGACACAAAUAUUAGACUUCAACCUACUGAAGAGUAGAAAAAUCUACAGUCUAUCAUGAAAAAAUUCCCACAAGCAUUUUAAGAAAGUGAGCAUAUUAACUCUUGCUUUAGUAAAAGCCAAAAAGACGACUCAAAUGAGAGAGAAAACUCAACAAAGACACUCCUUAAGUUAUCUAAAUCAUUCUUUACAGAAUUGUUUUUGCCUAAGGAAGCUAACUUUUAGAACACUCUAUUUGAUUUGACAGUUGAGUAAAAUAGAUUCCUCAGUUUUCCUUAUUAUUUGGAAGAUUAGCAAAGCUAAAACAGAAAAUAAGGUAAAAAGGAAGGGAAAAAGCAGUAAAAACUAUAGAAUGAGGGAUAAAAAGAGGAAAUAAAGAUUAAUAAUGCUACAUCCGGAGGAGAGCCAAUAAAAGCUUAGCAAUAAUCUAAUUUCAAAGAGGAAGGAGGAAGUUUGAACAUCAAAGCUUUUAAUUUUAUCUUAGUAAUUGAUGCAUACUGCGAAUAGACUUUAUCAUAGUUGGACAAUUACAUUUCUGUUUUAUAAGCACUAAACUAUUAUCACAAACAAAAAGGAGAAUCAUAAUUGCCAUCUUAUCAAAGAGCAGAGUAAAUUAAGAUAUUACCAAAUCAAACAAUUCUGUUGUUUAACAUUAAGAAAACAUUGAAAUCUCUACCAGAGGAUUGCUCGUCCUUGAUGCUUCAAGCUCUAGGGGUUAUAAGUCCUUUGUAGAGUUUACAAAAACUUUGUGCUUAAAACGGAAUGUCCUAUAAUGAACUUUAAAGAGCUGCUUAGCAUCUUGUUAUUGGAAUGUUUUCAAUCCCAAAUAAGCUCAAGAAACUUUAUUAAACUGUUACAAUGACACUCAGAGACUUUGAUCUGCUACUCAGUUCUAAUAGCAGAUCAUAGUCUGCAAGAUAACGUGCUUAAACUUCUGAUGAUGGUGAUAUAAUUCAAAAUUGUAGAUAAUAAGCACUAGAAACAGCUAAAAUUUCAGGUAAAACAAAUAUAUACAUAGAAGACUAUUUGGAAUUGGUAAGAGAUAACAGCUCAUACGAGUACAAACUUUUUGAAAUGAUGUAUCCUUUCUUUGAUGAUGAUCUCAUCAAGAGAGACAAAGGCUUCAAACGUGGAGGAGCAAGAGGUGGCAGAGGCGGCAGAGGUGGCCUCCAAAGAGGUGGAAGAGGAGGACUCCAAAGAGGUGGAGGUCUCGCCAGAAGACAAGGCCCAAUCGGCGGAUUCAGAAGAGGAUUCGGUGGCCGUGGUGGCAGAGGUGGACUUCGCAGCAAUCAACAGGUAAUGUAUCUCGAAUAGUAUUCGAGUCUUUAAUAUCUAAUAUACUCCCACUAUAUCCCAGAGUAUCAUCUAUAUCUAUACAAUUCUUCUAUGAGAUAUAAAAAUACUGCAGAUAUUGAAAGAAUAGAUUUUAUCUGUGGCGUGGGUUAUUAUUGGAUAAAACUUGAGAAGAUGGUUUAUUAACUGAUCAUCAUCGGAGGAGGUGCCCGUGGAGGCAGAGGAGGUUUUCUUAAGAAACCCAUUAGAAGACCAGUGAUUGCAGCUGGAAUCAAUAGAAUAUAAAGAGGAGGUGGUCUUAGAAUUUAGAGAAAUCCAGCAGCUGCUGGACUUGCGAGAAGAGUUCCAAGAGGAUUAGCUGCUCAAGGCCCAAGAAUUAUUAAAAAGACUUAGCAACAACAACCAGCUGGAUUAAGAAGACUCAAGGUUAGAAAUAUAGAUGAUAAGCAAGUUACUAAUGAUGAUCUUAAGGUAAUUUAUAAUGAAAUUUCUGAUUCAGUUUAGAGACUUUUUGAGAAGCAUGGUCCUUUAAAGGAAUGCAAGUUCGACAGAAAUCAAUUCGGCUAGUUCCUUGGUUCAGCAACUGUGGUUUAUGAGAAGGCUGAGCAUGCCAAGGAAGCCAUUCAGCAAUAUCAUGGAGCUCAACUUGACGACAAAAUCCUUACAGUUGAAUAUGCGCAAGCAGUAAUAGUACCAAAGAUCAGAACUGCCAACGCUAUAAAUAAGGGAAAGACACUUAGAUUGGGAGGUAGAGCUGGAAGAAGAUGA